GUAAGGCUUUAGCUUUUGUGCCGGGCACACGGGCGGUACGUUGAGACUAGCUUUUCGUUCAAACUUUCGAUGUACGUGAUUUAAAAUAGAUAAUUUGUGAGGAAAUUUAAUGUUCGGUGUUUUUGUGUGAAUGAACCUGUGAUUUAGAGUUUGUUUUUGUAAAAAAAAACUACUUUUCCUGUGAAGUAAUGGACCUAAGUCAAGUUUUUUAUUUGGGGACACCGAUAAGAGGUCUCCUAGAUAGCCUGCUCGGCGGAUAGGAUGCGGCGGCAUGCACCGCAUCGUGCUGCUGAUGGCGGUGCUCACUAGGGCCAUCGCUUCAACAGCCAAUUACACCGGUCCACUAGCAACCGAAUCAAUAUCGCUUUCAUCGUCUUCGAUGCCUUUACCGGUCGUCUUCAAGAGCAUGAGGGUCACAGACAAGCCCAGACGCCAGAAGCCAGGAAAGUCUGACUCUCCCAUGUUGAAUUACAUCUUCGACUCUUACGCGACCAGUAACAAGCAUUUUCACGACAAGUUCAGACCGCCAUCAUUUGAUGACGUCACGUCCGAAGAUACUAUAAUCGAUGCCGACACAGGCUCAACAGUUGUCUUCGACUGUCGCGUAACUGCUUUAAGGGACAAAACGGUGUCCUGGAUUCGUGUUGCGGAUAAUGAAAACUUGGAGCUGCUUACCGUAGACUUAGAAACACACACAGCUGACGCCAGGUACAGAGUCGAUUUAGCUGGCGAGAACUGGAAGCUAGCUCUUGCCGAUGCUAAGGUGUCAGAUUCAGGAGUCUACUGCUGUCAUGUGUCCACACAUCCGCCCAUGCUUAGGAGGUUUCAAUUAAAUGUGCACCUUCCCGCAAUGAGAUUAAGCAAAGAAGCAUUUUUGGAAACAGGCGAAACGUUGUCUCUAAAAUGCGCUGUUCUAAAUCUACAUCCAGGCGAGGACGUACCGGAAAUGCAUUGGUACAGAGGGAACAGUACCCUGUCUUUGGACGAAGCAAGAGGAGGUGUUUUAAUUGAAACCGACCAUUUAACUUUGACGAGUCAUUUACAGGUCGCUCGUCUAAAAAUGGAGGAUGCCGGCAAUUACACGUGUGCUUUGGAAGCUCCAAUCCGAAUGAAAGCUGUUACAAGAGUUCACGUAUUGCAAGGUUCAAGUCUAGCUGAACUUCAGAGUGGCGUGAAAACAAAAUCCAGUUAUGUGACACUUCUUUUGACGCCAUCGCUGUUAGCUUUUGGAACGCUGAUAGGCGACGUGAGGAUUGUACGUGGCCUAUAAUAAGGUUCCUUAAGGAUGUAAACCAUAUCGACUGAUGCAAAUAUUUUAGUUCUUGCAAGAAGCUACCGAUUUGUUUAAGUAAAUACGUGGAUAGAAUGUAUUCUCGAAUGACAUGUACAUUGAUGAAAUAUAGUAUUGUAAUUAAAUGAAACCCCCUCCAGUCAUAUUUGCAAUUACUUGUUGGCCCAGCAUGAUACCACGCGGGUAGAUACCAUGAUCCUACCUAUUUUUACCUUUUUAAUUUUAAUUUAAAAAAGAAACGGAAAUCCGUUUUAAUUGUUGAAAUAUUUUUUCUUCUACCUACGCCGAAAGUUCGGUUUUCCUCCCGCUGUACACGGAAGAAAGUGUAACUUUUCCUCCCUGGGUACUGACAAGUGCGCAUGCGCGUUAGUGUCUACGUCUGCUCUCACGCACCUAACAUUCUCCGCCAUUGUUGUGCUCGGGCAAUUUGCAAUAUUGUGUUUAGUGUAAAAAGUGAAAUAAACAAAAGGCAAUAAAAUUUAAUAGUGAAGUAUUAAACAAAGAUGAGUUCAUCAGACAGUUCUUAUUCAAUUAGUAGUAUUUUAUUUAAAAAUUAAGCUCUGCCCCCUACCCCCUGCCAGGGCUUCGCCCCUGGACCCCGGGUCGGUACUCCACGAACUUUCGGCCUGGCAGGAGAAAAAAUAGUAUGUGCACCGCGGGAAAAACGUAGGACAUCUCAUACCGCGUGUUUGGCAAUUUUACACGCGGGAGGAAAUGUUCUACUUUUCUCCCAUGGUGCACAAUGUACUAUUAGUGAGUAUGAAAACCAAAAAUUAAAUGGCCCAGCCUUAUCUCCUUAAUAACAUUACCUAUCAGUUAGCCGUCCGAGGAUCUUGCAUGGAUAUAGGACCACUAGUGAGAGUGUAAAUACAUAACAUAAUGUGUAGUAUUUUAUAUAAUAAUAAUGCGAUAAGUUGUUAUACGUUUAAUCUAUAUCUAUAUAUAUAAAAAUGAAUUGCUGUUCGUUAGUCUCGCUAAAACUCGAGAACGGCUGGACCGAUUUGGCUAAUUUUGGUCUUGAAUUAUUUUGUGGAAGUCCAGAGAAGGCUUAAAAGGUAGAUAAAUAUGAAAAUGCUCGGAAUUAAAAAAAAUAACAAUUUUGUUUUUCCUUUGAUGUCCCCCGCGUCGGACGGAUUCCUUUUGUUUGUUUUAAGUUUAUUUUAUACAAAAGUUUAGGUAUUUUAUUUAUCGACUGAUGCACUACGAAGUCUGCCGGGUCAGCUAGUUAUAUAUAAAUGUUUAGUAAUUAAAUCAGCCUUUUCCUUUUGAUUUUUGAUUUGAUUGAUUUGAUUUGAUUGAGCUUCAAAACUCAAUACUUUUGCAUUACUCCUUUUAAUGCAUUUUUAAAUAUUCAUUUUAACGAAAACAGAUUUGUGAUAGAUUACACUUAUUUUUUAUUAUUUGUCCUAAAUACCUAUUAAUUAUUUUUAAUGCUGAAUUUAUAAUUAAUUCCAAGGAAAGCUUAUGACGUAAAUGUUAUGAUUUUAUACAAAAAGCGUGUAUAAAAAUAAUUCUGUUUCACAAAAUUUUGACGAAUCAUAGAUAUAUAGAAUGAAACGUGUUUUUUUUUUAUUAUUUCAAUAUUAUUGAUUUACCAAAUUCUAUUUGUGAGAGAAUAUCUUUAAUUCCUUAUAUCGUAUUCAUCAAUGUGGAAAAUUUAUUUCAAUAAAUAUUUUAGAAAAAUAUUCCUAGAUACUAAACUAAUAUCAAUUAAAAAUAUCAUACUAGUAAGAUAGUGUAAAUACGACUUGUGUAUUUGCAAUUUAACAAAAAUGUAAUUAUAAUAUUGUAACUAUUAACAGUUUUUCUCAUACAUAUAAUUCACAUAUCACCGAGUACUACUGUCUUCAUAUCACUUCGAUUUCACGGUUUACUAUAUUAUACUGUAUUUAAUCUUCAAUACAAAUAAUUGUGUUAAUUGAAAUUAGAAUUUUAAGACUUUAAAUCUAGAGCAUAAAGUUAUUUGUAUAUAAUAUUGUCAUAAGAUACUUUAUAAUAAUAUAUUUUGUUAUAUGUUGUAUCAGUAAUUCAAGAUAAUCAUUAUUCCAAAUAUAUUUCGUCCGAAUAAAACCUAAUAAUCCAAAAUUACGACAGAAGUAAGGUAAUAUUUUAAAGGUAAGAAAAAUAUGCAUAUGAUAUUAUUAUUAUUUAACUUUUAAACUGAUAUUAAAAUGUUAACGAUGACAAAUUUAACGUCAAAGCUAAGGGUUUUGCUGUAGUUGUAGAUACUGACAAAAUAAGGUAAAGGGUAAGACAAGGGACAGAAUAAAAAAUAAAGGUGAAUUUAAAAUUGUUUAUUACUGUAAAAUAAUGAAAACGGGCCAUUUUAAGCACUAGAAUUCAGGUAAAUAUGACAGCAAGUUACAAUGAUAUAGUACACGAUACAACAAUCUUAAACUACAAAAAUAUAACUGGUUGUACGUCUUUAUGACUUAUAUACAUUUUGAAGUCGUCGUGGCCUAAAGGAUAAGACGUCCGAUGCAUUCGUGUGUAGCGAUGCACCGGUGUUCGAAUCCCGCAGGCGGGUACCAAUUUUUCUAAUGAAAUACGUACUUAACAAUUGUUCACGAUUGACUUCCACGGUGAAGGAAUAGCAUCGUGUAAUAAAAUCAAACCCGCAAAAUUAUAAUUUGCGUAAUCACUGGUGGUUAUUUCUGCCGUGAAGCAGUAAUGCGUUUCGGUUUGAAGGGUGGGGAAGCCGUUGUAACUAUUCUGAGACCUUAAUGACUCGUAUCUCAUGGUGGGUGGCGGCAUUUACAUGGUAGAUGUCUAUGGAUUCCAGUAACUACUUAACACCAGGUGGGCUGUGAACUCGUCCAUACAUCUAAGCCAUAAAAAAAACAAAUCUGAUUUGCGGUCGGAGCCAAUGUCUUUGUGAAAGUUAUUUAUUUGGUGUUUGAAGAUGUAUUUUGGUCGUAAAUCUCAAUAUAUAGUAGAAAAUUCAUUGUAAUUUGAUAAAUUGGUCCCUUUGUAUGAUUCUUUCAAAUAAACACAUAUCCUUGUAUCAAAAGUAUCAAGCAUAUAACUCGCGUUUAAAUAAUAAAAAUUUGCACAACAUGUAAUUAAAAUUAAAUAUAUUAUUAAUUUAAUAUUAAUUGUUAUUUAUAAAAGGUAUUUUUAAAACCACUGUUAACGUGUAAUCUUAAAGAGGACAUUUUGUUUGGAUAAAUUUCGUUGUUUCAAAUAUAUAUAUUAAUCGUUAUAAACAAGUUGUUUGUGUCAUAUAAAUAAUGUUGUAAGAAUGUAUAAUUUUUUUUAUUUAUUACGUAUAUUGAUUACGUAAUUUUAAAAUACAAUUUGUAUUCUUUGAAUGACCAUUCAAAAUUUAAAUAUAAAUUAUGAACAACAUAAAAAUCUAGACAUAUCGGUGCUUUAUUUGACUGUAAAUACAUUAAUAAUUAUGUAUAAUAAUUGUGCGUCAUUGUGAUAAAUUGUAAGAUUUUUUAAUAAAAUCUCAAAGGGA